AUUGUGUCAUAACAAGUAAAUAAAGAAAUUUAUAAAGACCUAAAUAAUUAUUACUAUCUCAAACUAUAUAAGCUUGAUUUCAUGUAGAAUUAUGUGAUGCUAAAAAGGGUUGUUGUCACUGGCUUGGGCUGUGUCACGCCACUUGGUAUUUCAGCACCUUCUACUUGGGAAAAUCUCAUUGCUGGAGCAUGCGGAAUUUCUCGCCUUGAAUCAGAGGGUAUUGAGCAUCUCCCUUGUCAGAUAGGUGGAUCUGUUAAAGAAUUUGAUGAAAGCAAAGUUCUGAAUGCCAAUGAACGCAGAAGUGCCAAUCGAACCACUGGGUUUGCUAUGUCUGCAGCAAUUGAAGCCACCAACCAGGCUUCUUUAGACUUUACUGAUAUAGACUGUGACAGGGCUGGAGUGUGUUUUGGGAGUUCCUUAGCAGGGUUUAUGGAAACAAUUUUAACUGCACGGAGUGUGAACGAAACACAAAAACGUGGAUACAGAAGAGUCAGCCCGUUUUUUGUCCCAAGAAUACUGGAUAACAUGGCAGCAGGAGCGAUAGCUAUGAGACUGGGUCUCCUGGGACCUAACCACAGCUGCGGUACAGCUUGUACGACAGGUGCCCAUUCGGUGGGUGAUGGUUACAACCUCAUUAGACUAGGGAUGGCUGAUGUGAUGCUGGCCGGUAGUGCUGAGGCUUGCCUCCAUCCUCUCGCGAUGUCUGGGUUUAGCCAGGCUAAAGCUCUCUGUACGGACAGUAACGAGAAGCCUCUACAAUCAUCUCGCCCAUUUGACGAGUCCAGGUCGGGUUUUGUGAUGAGCGAGGGAGCGGCAGUGCUUGUUCUGGAGGAGAUGGAGCAUGCUGUUAACCGAGGAGCGCAGAUACUGGCAGAAGUAGCUGGGUAUGGUCUCAGCGCUGAUGCUCACCACAUCACUGCGCCGCAUCCUGAGGGCAGGGGAGCUCUCAAUGCUAUGAGAGGGGCAUUGCAAGACGUGAAACUGUCAAGAGUCUCCUACAUCAACGCUCACGCAACGUCCACUCCUCUGGGGGAUUUAGCGGAGGGUACGGCAAUUCGUAAAAUAUUCAACCUCGACCAUGAAGGGCCAGGGCCGUACGUUAGUUCCAGUAAGGGUAGUCUAGGUCACCUGCUAGGAGGGGCAGGGUCAGUGGAGGCUCUGGUUUGUGUUCAGAGUAUAGUACAUCAAACAGUCCCCCACACACUCAAUUUAGUGGAGCCGUGCUGUGAGCUGAAUCACGUGACCACACCGAUAAAAGACGCUGAGGUUGACCACGUGAUGACCAACUCGUUUGGUUUUGGAGGCACAAACGCGUCCCUACUCUUUAAACGAUUUAGUGGAGGCUCUUAACUUUAAAAACGAUUCAGAAGACUAGGAUAGUGAGACGUAGGAUGGAAAUAGAGGUUUAAGCAUUGCAACAGUUGACAUACCUGGACGAGCAUGUUCGUUUACCUGCCCAAAAUAUAUAUGUACUAUUAGCCAAUUACAUCGUGGUAAUUUAUUAGUAUAUUUUAUAUUAUGAGAAUUGAGAAAUGUCUCGACUUUAAACGGAUUCCCUGAGGGAAUAUCAAUUUAGCGAGAUUUGAUGAAUGGUUUACUACGGAAAUAAAAAUUCUUCAGACAGCAACCUCUCAUAUUUAACUGUACCCUACCACUUCAUCAUUCUUGACAGCUGAAGGCGUUAUGUUAUUUGGAAGUUUCUGGAUCAAACAAACUGUCGUAAUUAUAUUAUGUUUUCAAAACUUUCUCCAGUUCUAAUAAAAAUCUAUGAUCAUUUUGGUGAGAUUCUCGCCCAUGACAUCAAAUCAGAUUAUUAACGAAAAUGAAAAGCUUCUUAAGAAAACAAAUCUGGAAAGCUGGUGACAAGCUCACAUUCCUUGAUGGGUGCAUACAUUUCAAUUCAGGUUUGAAAGCAGUUUAGAUUUAGCAAGCUUCGCCUUGGUCAGUACAGUUACAGCUCUUAAACAGCAUUAAAAGAGUGAAAGUUCUUAUACAGUAUUAAAAGAGUGGAAGUUCUUAUACAGUAUUAAAAGAGUGAAAGUUCUUAUACAGUAUUAAAAGAGUGAAAGUUCUUAUGCGAUACUAAAUGAAUUGAUUCGCCAUUGUGCUUGACAGUUACAUUUUGACAGUCCUGACGCGCGUUAUAGCGUGCAAUAUAAUCAAAUUAGUUUAAUCCACACCUUGGAUGGAACCGUUUAGGGAAUUUGUACAUGACUUUGAAAGCCAGUCUAAUUCUUUUUGCCAAAUUAAGAAAUUACCUGGUUUUUGCUCGGUUUAUGUGGUUGAUUGGUUGAUUUUAUGUAAUAUGUAUUAAAUUUGUACAUUUUUGUCUGAUUUAAAUAAACUUUGAAUUUCAAUGCUCAGCUGAUGUAGU